CCUAAAUGGCGUCAUGGACGAGUGGCCCGACGUGGCGUCUGUCUCUCUGCCGACCUGCCCAUCUGUCAGUCCGUUGGUCUACUCGGCAUGCGCUCAACCAUGCGGAUAACGGAAAGUGUCAAGCGGAAUUCCCUACUUGAAAGCCACCUACCUGCCCUUACUACCGCGAACUUGGUGAGAAUGGGUCAAGUGAAAGCCGAGAAAUCGGAUCAGCCUGGGCCAAGGUUGCCUGGCCUUGGCACAGGGCAGGAAAGGUACCAACUCAUGGACGAGCUAAAGCUCGGUCAUGCGGCACAAAGGAAGAUGAUCCAUGAGAAGUGA